AGACAGCACAAUCUCUGUCGCAAAAGGUCAGCUAUACCUUUCCUCCUGGGUCUGACCAAGCUCCCUCUCUGCAGCUGGGUCAGCUUUACUUCAAAGGAAGGAGAACUUUGCUGCCCAUGCACAGGUCGCUGGGGACAGAUGGAGGCUUUGGGUUACUCACUAUGCAGGAUCUGGCUGCUUUUCUUGCUGUUCUGGCUGGGACAAGGGAGGCAGAUGGCUCCCCCAGGUUUUGUAGAGAGCAGUUGCCGCUCCAGGAUUUUUUGGAUGAAACUGAAUAAACUCUUGCUCCAGGGAAAGUUCUUCCAGCUGGAAAUCAAUGAUCCUUACACUGGUCCCAUUCUGCUGGAUGAGAAACUAGCAUCUCGCUGUGGCUAUGUCCUGUCAGAAGACGUGUGGGGCAACCCCGUCUUCCGCGCGUCAGUGCUUGGCUGUCAUGUGGUCAACGAGGCAGAUGAGCUGUUUUCACUGACUGUGAACAUCAAGGUCUCCUCAUUUUCAAGCAUGAGGGCAGCUGUGACCUACACCUACCCUAUGUACUGCUCCUACUCUUCCUGGGCUUCAAGAGAAAUUGUGUGUGAAGAAAACUACAUGGAGGUGUCAGUGAAGACUGAUGUCCCUGCAGUUUCAAAUGACUACACCGUAGCAUGGAUGUCAGCACUCCCAGAGACUCAAAAUGUUGCAUACCAGCAAUGGCAACUGAUGUUUGUUUCUCCAUCAGGGAGAACGAGAAUAACGGUAAGCGAUGCAGCAAAACUGGGCUACAGCUUCAAUAAUACGCUGUCCCGCGUGUACCUCCGUGCGCCCUAUCACAGCAACGAGUCUGACAUCAGCAUGGUCAGUGGUGUAAAUAUGAACAUGGUCACUUCCACUUCCAUGUACAGGCAGCGGUGGCUGCUUUUGCUGAUUGACACGACUGUCUCUUGUCCUGUUGAUGGCAUCAGUUUCACUGAUAGGACGCUAACAUGGACUGUGCCAAGUGUUAUCCCCACAUUAGUGGUUCAAGAAUCCACCUUUCUGUCUAAAAAUAUUUUAAUGGGAAUCGAUGAUCGAGUCAUAGUAAACCUGGAGGAGAAGAACUACUUACUGGAGCACAACGAGACACACAUCAGAAUAACUAUCCCUAUUGGAGCAGAAGGAGGCAAGCUAAAGAGCUCCAUAUCUGGUGGUGUAUAUGGAAUCAUUUAUAGUAUUGACUUGUUUUUGGAGCACACGUGGACAGAUGCAGAUUGGCAAACCACAAAGUAUACUGUCAUCAAAUCCAUCACCACACCUUUCAUGCCACAAAUACCAACUGUUACCAACAAUACUCUGCCAGAGGAAAGGCUAUUUAAUGUUGCAUUUGGACACUUUCUUCCCGAUGUCUCUCUGGUGGCAAUCACAAUAGGAAAUGUGCCAUUUACCCUGAGGGAAGCCCAGCACCACGGGUUUAAGAUUUACGAAACUCCCUUUUCUAACAGAACAAAAGGAUUUAGCCUGGAAGUCUCUUUUGAUGAUCCAUACGUUCUAAAGGAGUAUGUGAAUAGAAAUGAAACAAAAUAUACCCUCCUCCUUAACUACACUGUAAGCGUGGGUCUGGAGAUGACACUCUAUUAUCAUUCGGCAGAGGUGGAGUGUGUGAUUGCUGAUAUUGAAAUACCAGAAGCAGUUGGUUACUGUGAUGAAGAAAACCUGUAUCUAGCUAUCCCUACUUUUGGCUUGCACCAGUAUUGGAAUCUGUAUCUUGGUAACAAGCUCCUGAACCGCCAGGUUGCACUUACCAAUGGGUACCUUGCAGCUACCAAUUCUACUCACCUGAUCUUGCAAAUACCUCUGUUUGCUGUGGGAGUUAUCUACGAGGUACAUGAACUGUAUCGCAAUGCCUUCUUUAAAGGAUUAUGCCACCCAGAUGGUACCAUAAUGAUAUCUGCCGAAAUGAAGACAGUUCCUGCCAUUGAUAUGAGUAAAACCAAACUAAGGGAUAGCUCUUGCAAACCUAGAGAGUAUAAUGAAGGACAUGCCUUCUUCAAGUUCCACGUCACUACCUGUGGCACUUCAGUAAGGUUUGAAGGUGAUCACAUUAUUUAUGAAAAUGAAAUCUCUUAUGAGAAAGAGACUCUUCCAGGACAGAGCAUAUCGGCAAUCACAAGAGAUCCAGACUACAGACUAACAGUCUUGUGCUACUAUCGAGCAAAAGAGACCCUAGUGCUAGGUGUCUUCACUAGUGAUCCAUCCACAUCACCUCCCUUUGGCUCCGGUACGAUGGUACCAAGAUCAAAUAUUGCAGAUGAAUCUUUCACGGAAUUCUAUGAGCCCAACAUGGCAAUACUCAAGCAACCUGCAGAGUCUGUGUUCCUCGAGGUGGAGCUGAAAGAUGAGAGCCCCAAUGCUGAGUUAUACCUGGAAAACUGCUGGGUAACCAGGUCUCUAGACUUCAACAGCACCCCAAGAUGGAACAUCACUGUGGAUGGGUGUGAGAUUAACGGCAGUGAGUAUGUUGCAGAGUUCCAUCCAGUAUCUGUUAGCCCCAGGGUGUACGUGCACUGUUUGGUGGCAGUGUGCUCUCCCACCAACAUGCCACCUGGCAGCCCCUGCAGAGGACAGUGCAGGUCAAGCUCAGAGAGGAAGG